UCUUGCCCACCCCAAAAAGCUUUCACCGAGCACUAAAUCAAAAGCGAAACGAAAAGCUCACACAGAUCAGUCAUGAGUGCUGUGCUUCUGAGAACCGGUUCGGUCCCAGUUCAGUCCCACCCGGCAGUUCCUGGUUCGCCUCGAGUCUCUCUCUCCCGGCAUGACUCCGUCUCCGGCGUCUACUCCGGCGAGAGGAGCUCCCUCGGUUCCCCAAGGAUCUCCCUGCAUUUAGACACCAAUCGCUGGAGAGCCUCUUCUUCAGGGAAUCCGAUCCGGAGAGUGUUAUCGGAAAGCGACUUGAUCGGGGGCUCCAAACUGAGCGGAGCUGGAUCCCAGUCCUUUCCGGCGAGAAUACCGGAAGAGGAGUGCGUCUCGGAAAGAGAAGACGACGGAUUUAUAUCGUUAUCAAAAGGUCCAGGAAUAUGGCCGGAGAGCGGGAUUCCAGUGGAGGACCUGGGAUUCUCCGACGGAGGAAGAAAACCAGGUGAUGACGGCGAUCACGGAACCGGAAACGGUGAGGAUCGGAGCAAGAUUGGCGCGUACUAUCAAGAAAUGCUCAAAUCAAACCCUGGCGAUUCGCUCUUGCUUGGAAACUACGGCAAAUUCUUGCACGAGGUGGAGAAGGAUACAGUGAGAGCGGAAGAGUAUUAUGGAAGAGCGAUAUUAGCGAGUCCGGGAGACGGAGAAUUGUUGUCUUUGUACGGAAAGCUAAUAUGGGAUUCGCAUAGAGACGGAGAGAGAGCCAAGUCUUACUUCGAUCAGGCCGUUUACGCCUCCCCUGAUGACAGCAAGGUGUUGGGGGCCUAUGCAAACUUUAUGUGGGAAGUGGAAGAAGACGACGACGACGACGACGACAAUGAAGAGAUCAAAGGUAUGGCCGGAAAGUCACCGGCUUUAGUUGCGGCUUUUUAGGAGGAAAGUACUUUGGCGAAGAGGAAUGCUAGAGAUUUAAAUGUUUUUUUUAAGAAUUUGGUUCUAAUAUGACGUGAGGUUAUAACCAAAUUUUGGAAAAAAAAUAUUAGAAUGUCUAGCAUUUUUCUUUGGAGAAAGCACUUUUGAAGAUGUUCAUUUUGUGUAAUAAUAUGCUACAACUACUAACCUGAAUAACGUUAAAAAAAAAAUAAAAAAAAUUAAGGAGCUUGAAUAAAUUGUGUGGAAUAUGAGGUAUGUUCCCAGCUGGCUGCUACUACGGGGAAGGGCUCUAGCUUCCAGAAGAUAAGAGAGGGUUGUUUUUGUUUGGUAUUGUAGGGUGUAAUCGUUUUAGAUGAGAUCUAACUUGAUACUUUAUAUUAUCUUCUGGGAAUGUAUAUAAAUGUGUAUGCAUUAUAUAUCU